AUGCUUCUCCUCCCAGCCGCUGCUCUGUGCUGCCUGUGUUCAGCGCUGGUUGCCAUGGCAGCAGAGCCGACUCAGGACCAGUUGUCUUUGACCAGGAGAGUUGAUGAACAGGCCUCGUUCAGCUGUGGAGGAACUGGUCAGUGUAACUGGAUCAGGUGGUUUCAGAAGAAAGACACAGGAACGUUCAUACGGAUUCUUCAUAUUGAUACAAGUGAUGGUCAAAUUCGUAAGGGUUACAAUCAUCCUCAGAAAGACGACUUCACAGCUGAGGUUAAACAGAACAGCUGUGAGUUGAAGAUAGAGAAAGUUAAACUCUCUCAUGCAGCCACGUACUACUGCGCCUGUUGGAGAACCGCUCACUUGAUCUUCGGCUCAGGAACCAAAUUGUUCGUACCUGAUCGGCCGCUGGUGACCCCGGUGGUGAGCGUGUACCCGGCAGCUUCCAUCGCCGCCCUGGACGGGAAGAGCUCCCUGCUGUGUGUGGCCUCCAACAUGGUUCCUCCUCUGGUCCAGUUCUCCUGGACAAGACAGAGGGAGGGUGGUCCUCUGGAGACGCUGUCCUCUGCUGAUGGAGAGCAGCUGGAGCUCAGAGGGACAGGACGCACCGCCGCCAUCAUGGUGGUCGACCAGAACGCUCCGUACAAAUACCGCUGCCACGUCCGGCAUGAGGGAGGCACAGUGGAGGCCCCGGCAGAGCAAGUCAACUGGACGUCAGAGGACAACACCACGUCCCACAUGCAGCUGGACGUAGGGAGGGACGCUCGGACCUGGGGACUCAACCAGUCCUGCUCAUCACAUGGCACAGGAGAGCUCCUCAGGUCAGGACUCAGCCGUCCACCUCUGAAGGACAAGGGACGUUCAUCUGAAGACAACUAUGUCCACAUGCUGUCCAGGGAGGACAGAUGGUCUACACCAGGAGUAAGAGAAGCCGUCUACGUCAAACUAGAGAAGCCGUCUCUGAACAGGAGGUCAAAGGCGAAUGGACCCCCCACUGUGCACACAGAGACAUUGAGCUGGACACUUGGUGUCAAUGACUCAGUUUCCACUGGAGUUUGA